AUGUCUGGUAUCAUGAACAAAAUCCAAAACAAAUUAAGUGACAAAAACGAUCACACUCAUGAAACUCAUGACACACAUCAUGACACACUUCACGACUCAACCCACACCACCAAACCAUCUAAGUACGACCAACAAUUCUCUACUACUGACAAGUACGAUGCAACCACUGGUUUCAAUGGUUCCACCACCCAACCAUCCCACAACAAAAAAGAUUGGAACAAUCCUUCAACUAACGCCGGUUCUUCUGGUGUAGGUGUUUUGGGUAACCAAGGCUUAAACACUGGUUCCAAUCACAAAUACGAUCCAACCAACAAAGUCCACCAAUCUCAACGUACAAAUGAUAUUCCCACCCAAUAUGGUGCUGGUUCAACUAACAUCCAACCUGAUGUUUUAGGUGGCCAAAAUGACCAAUACAACAACAAUCUCUUAGGCCAAAAGAACGCACGUACCUCAAACCAAGAUGCUUAUGGUCAACCUCAAGGAAGAACCACCAGAUCCCAAAAAGCCAACUACCAAAAGGAUCUUGAUGAUGUUCAAAGACACAUGUAA